AUGGUUGAUCAUGUAGAAUUCGUUGAUUCAGCAACGGUGGAUCGCUUUAUUGAUCGUUGGCGCGUAACUUCACAUCAAGCUCUUGCAUGGCUCAUAGGCACCUAUGAUUUUUACGCAGGUGUGCCACUUGGCGUCAAAGGCAAGGUCCGUUAUCUGUGGAUGCCUCUUCAGGAAACAGCUCAAGAUGGGAUUGAGCUGCCUACAGAUACUUCUCCGCUGUAUGGGGCUUUGGAAACACUGCUUCAUAAUACGCUUGCAUGGCUUGGCUUGGAAAAGAUUGGCGCAAUAUGGACAGACCUGUCUCCAGCAGGCGUCCCGCCCUGUAGGGGGCCUGAGACUUAUUUUGUUUCUAGCUGGGAAAUUGCGUGGAUUACCCAAAUGCAAUUGGCACAUCCAAUCCCGGGGUGUUUCGAGGCAAGCAGUGCGUCGCGUUGGAUUUCUAUUGUUGUGACGGCAGAUGUUAACGGAGAAGUGGCUCUCUUUCCCUAUCAAGUCUCGCUGCAAGCUACAUCACUUGCCAAAGCGGAACUUCUUCAUCCCACAUCAGAGGCCUCUUCGUGUGCCAUAUGGGCACCAAAAAAUGGACAUUUCAGUAGCGUUCCCCUGCCAGAGCUAUUUUAUCGGGUAGAAGAAGUUCAAGACACAGAAGAGGGCAAUGCGCGCGCCAAUCCAGCACAACGCCGGGCUGACCCCUGCUUCCCAAGCGAAUAUUUACUUGUCUCGCUGACCCAUGGUUUUCUUGCUGAUAAAAUGCAGCCUUGCAACCAUUUUGAUAUUGCGGCCACUUUUGUGGCAGCUGCGGGCGAGAUCUGCAGCUCCACAUUCCUAUGCGCAUUGGCCCCCUUUCUACUACACCAUGACUCUGGAGAUGAGUCCAUGACUGGUCUAAUGAGGCAAAUCCAUGCUGAUCUCGGUAAAUUAUCGGUGUUUACUUUAGGGCUGUUGGUUGCGCUUCACGGGAUGAACAUAUUUACCAGCGAAGAGCUCACGCUGCUUAAAGACCAUUCAGAUGCCUUUUUUGACACCUCUGGAUGGCGGGAUCUUAAAGAGCGCAUGAAGGCCGCCCGCGCCGAUGCCGGUUCUAUUGAUAUGCAAGCGAAUGAUGCGCCCCUCUGGGCAUGCACGUUUUGCACGCUGAUUAACCCUGUAAGCGUAGAUGACUGUGAGGCUUGUGGCCUUCCUCGCUCCCCUGCAUAG